AUGCAUCUGCUGUCGCAGUUCCGCCCGCGGGCUUCGACCGCCCUUCUAUUGCUGGCAACGCAAGGGUUGUCCCAAUCAGUCCCCAACCCGAACCUCAAUUUCGACUCUCUUGGCGAGGUCACUCUUGCUGGUGACUUCGACGCCAUCGCCGUCUACUCUACCAUCGGUCAGCAGCAAGGCUUCAGUAGCAAUGGCACUCAAUCUAUACUAUCAACGUUACCCAGUGGAGCUUUCGAUGUUCUCGCCUCCACCGAUGCUGGAAUCUCGGCCAUGUGCCCAUUCGUACAAAAAGAUGGAACAUUAUCUGGUCUCGUCGUCGGUGGAAACUUUACAAGUAUUGGUGGUGUGGCUGCACAGUCGGUGGCUCUGUUGGACACCAACAAUUUACAAAUCACGCCCAUCGACGGCGUUCAAGGUAUUGUCUCGGCCCUUUAUUGCGACCAGGACACCGAGACCGUUUACAUCGGCGGUGCCUUUGAAGCUCAGAAUUCUUCCAAUGCUAUCGCAUGGAAAUCUGGUAGCUUCACCAACCUCCCUUUUGCCGGGUUUGAUGCUCCUGUCUCAGCCAUUACCCGCGCUCCGAAUGGACAUAUUGUCUUUGGAGGUUCUUUCACCGGCCUGGGCAAUAUUUCUUCCUUUGCUCUUACUGACCCACAGACUCAAGUCAUUAAUCUUGGUACCGCCAACGUCACCGCCGUAGGAAACACGACCAGACAAGGACUGGGGAAUCCGAGGAAUAUCUUAUGUCCAACCAACAAUACCGAUGGCUCUACGAGCUUUCUCCUAGCCGACAACACUCCUGGCUCCUGGCGCGCUGACCUAGCUUUUGGCUUCGAACCCACCAAGCUCCGACUAUGGAACACCCAACAAGAAGGUCGAGGAACAAAGACUUGGCGCUUUACCGCUCUUCCCAUCAAUGGAAUUAUGAACUUCACAUAUGUUGACCCCGAAACAGGAGCUCGUGCCUUUUGUGACGCUAGAUGUCCUCUGGCUCCGGCAAACGCGUCGCAGCCAUUUCAGGAUUUCUUAUUUGUCAACCUGGUAGGAAUGGACAGCUUCAGAAUCGACAUAUCCGAUUUUUACGGCGAUGGAGGCGGUCUUGACGGCAUUGAAAUCUUUCAGAAUGACGUCUUUGCCUAUGCCAUCGAGGCCUUCAACGAUCCUGUCUGUGAAGCCGAAGGUACCAGGUCAACUGCAACUGCUACUGGCCCGUGGUUUUCCACUCCUUCUCGACAGAGUGUUUCCGAUUACCUGACCGCAGUCGUCGGACCCACCACCGUCGACAGCACUUCCAUUGUUUUCCAACCCGAUGUUCAACAGAGUGGGAACUAUUCCAUCAUUAUUUAUACCCCUGGUUGUAUUCAGGACAGUUCGUGCUCUGCCCGUGCCAUCGUGACUGUCAAUGGUACUUUGACCGCGGAUGGGGGUCAGACAUUCAGCACAUCCGUCUUUCAGACAAACGAUUUUGACAAAUAUGAUCAAGUCUAUCAAGGUUUUGUGGAUGUCACCAGCUCCUCUUUCCGCCCUGCUAUUACUAUCACCCCUUCUGGUCAACAGUCGGACCAGCUUAUCGUUGCAUCGCGCGUCAAAUUUGGCUUCAUUUCCUCCACAGGUGGGCUCAACGGUCUCUUUGAUUACGAUCCAAGCAGUGAUGCAAUUGACACCGAUUUCACACAAUCCGCCAUCAAUAACGCAGGAACGACACUGGAACCCGGCGCUCACGUGUUGGCUCUCACCACCCGAGAUGACACGAUAUACGCUGCUGGAAAUUUCUCCGAUGAUGUGUUUGAGAACAUCAUGGCCUUUACCAACAACAAUGCCUCGUCCCUUGCAGACGGAGGCCUCAACUCAGCUGUUACAUCGAUGUAUAGCCUGGACGACUUCUUAUAUAUUGGGGGUAAUUUCACAAACACCGUCGAGGACAACGUCGAAGGUUUGAAUAAUGCUGCAGCAUAUCAAUUCUCCAAGAAUGCCUGGGUACCACUUGGAGCAGGACUUGACGGACCUGUUGACGCUGUUGUCCCAAUGCAGCUCAACACCAGUGGAAAUCAAGUCGAAACAGUCAUCGUUUUCAGCGGGCCUUUCACCCAAAUUCGCGCCUUUGGCUCGGUUCCAGCAACCCGUGCUCCCGGUCUGGCGAUCUGGGUUCCAUCAAACAGCGGAUGGCUUGAAACGAUGAAUAUCCCUAAGCAGGCAUUUGCUGGUCAACUUUCUUCGGCGGCCAUCCUUCCCAACAACACCUGGCUGGGUGCUGGAACCCUGCGCUCCCUCGGAUUGGCCAUCAGUGGAGCCGCCGGAAUGGUAUCUCAGGAUGGUAGACUCAACCUUCAACAACUGCCAAUCACCAUCGACUCUGCCUCAACCUCGUCGAACUCACGGAAACGAGCAAUUCUAGAUUCUCAAAAUGUCACCGGUGUAACGAGCGGAGCAUAUUAUACCGAGAAUGGAGAAAAUGUCACUAUUUUUGCUGGACACUUCUCUGCCGUGGCAACAGACGGGUCGACCAUCGACAAUCUAAUGUUCUUGAAUGUAUCAAACAACAACGCCGUUACAGGAGCGCCCCCUGCAAUCGAGGCAGAGUCGACAAUAAUGACUGUGGCAGUGACAGGCAGUCUCCUUUCUGUCGGUGGUCGGAUCACUGGCCGACUCAACAACAUGAACCUUGCCGGCCUGGUGUUAUAUGAUUUGGGUACAGCAAAUUAUCGAACCAUUCAGCCAGCCUCACUAGAGGGUGAAGACGUUGUCGUCAACACAAUCGCUCCACAACCAGGAACAUCUGCUCUUUAUGUUGGGGGAUCUUUUGAUCGAACUUCCCAAGGCCUAUCUUGCCCUUCUGUAUGCAUGUACGACACAGCGACCGAUCAAUGGAAUACUGUUGGUAGUACACUCGAGGGCUCGGUCUCGGAUCUGUUUUGGGCUGGAGAGGACCUACUGGCUACCGGAAAUCUCACCGUCGAAGGAAAUCAGACGUCUCUAGCCCUGUAUAACGUUGAUCGACAAAUAUGGACGGUGAUGGACAAUCCAGCAAUUCCGGGGCCCAUCUCUGCAUUUUGUCCCGCGGCGAAGGAUGAGAAGCACAUGUGGAUAGCCGGGACUGCAACCAACGGUUCGACAUUUCUGAUCGAGAUCGACAAUGAUAACACUCGACCAGUGGUUGAUGUAUUUGGACCAGGGACUACCAUUCACGGGUUGAAAAUCAUGAAGCUGACUGAAAAUCACGAGUCAACUGAUUUCUUAGGUCGGGAUCGAGCAUUAUUGGUGACGGGUCAACUCAACAUCACCGAUUUUGGGAAUGCUGCUGCGGCGUUAUUCAACGGCACCGAGAUGCAACCUCUGAUUUUGGCUUCCACCUCCAACGGAGAUCCCGGGACCAUCAGUAAAGUAUUUACAUCGCAAGAAGAUGACUUGACUUCUGAUAAUCGUGGACAUUCUAGAGGCAUUGUUGUACUUGUGGCACUUUGCGCGGCCUUGGGCACAAUAUUCCUCAUAAUCUUAGUCGGCAUCAUUCUGAAUCGGAUUCAGCGCCAUCGUGCAGGAUAUAAAUCUGUACCGAGCGUUCCAUAUGCGGACAAAAAUUCCAACAUACAACGAGUUCCUCCCGAGUCACUGUUUGGUAAUCUGGGGCAGAAACAGCCUGGGGCACCGACAGUGUAA